AUGACACAAAAUAGUAAUACACAAUAAUGCACUAUCUUUUGAGGAACCUUGUUGAAGCAGGUCAAAAGCCUUGGUGAUGAGUGCGUUGCAGGAGAAGUUUGUGUCCUUGUACAAGAGCAGAUGGCUGGUGUUUGUGGCUUCAAUGUGGUUGCAAUCAUGGGGGAAUGUUGGGUACUUAUUUGGAAGCAUAUCACCUGUUAUAAAAAGCUCCCUCAACUACAAUCAGAAGCAGGUUGCCAUGUUGGGAGUUGCCAAGGAUCUUGGUGGCACUGUUGGGUACAUCACUGGGAUCUUGUGUGCGGUUUUGCCUAUGUGGGGUGCUCUUCUUGUUGGUGCUGCUUUGGGCAUUAUUGGGUAUGGUUGGGUCUGGAUGAUCGUUACUGCUCAAGUUCCUGCUCUCCCUUUAUGGGCGAUGUGUGUUCUUAUAUUUGUAGGAACAAAUUUUGAAACCUACUGCAACACAGUUGCUCUGGUGUCUUGUGUGCAAAGUUUCCCCCAAAACAGGGGACCUGUGGUUGGAAUUUUGAAGGGCUUUGGUGGUUUGAGCGGUGCCAUCCUCAUACAAAUCUAUUUAGUUUUCCAUUCCCCAGAUCCAUCAUCAUUGAUACUUAUGGUUGCUGUUGGUCCACCAUUGAUAGCAAUAGCUCUUAUGUUCAUUGUUAGACCAGUAGAAGGUCACAAACAGGUGAAGCCUUCAGAUGGCAAAAACUUCACAUUUGUCUAUGGUGUGUGUCUCCUAUUGGCUGCUUAUUUGAUUGGUGUCAUGGUUGUCCAAGAUUUAGUUGAUCUGAGUCAAGCUGUUACCACAGUGUUCACAGUGAUCCUCAUUUUGAUCCUCAUUGUCCCAAUUGUGAUUCCUAUCUCAUUGAGUUUCGGCCCGGAACAAAAACCUCUAGAGGAAGAGGAAGAAUCACUUCUUCCAGAAUCACCUAGUAAUGUACCAGGAAAAUCUCAACUGAUGGAUAUUGAUGAUGAUGAAUUGGGGGUUAAGAAGAGAAGAGGAGGACCACAAAGAGGGGAAGAUUUUACCUUGACACAAGCCUUGGUUAAUGCAGAUUUUUGGCUUCUUUUCAUUUCAACUGUCUUUGGUGGUGGAUCUGGGUUGACUGUGAUUGACAAUCUUGGUCAGAUGAGCCAGUCUCUUGGAUAUGACAAUGCUCAUAUAUUUGUCUCCUUGAUUGGUAUUUGGAGCUUUCUUGGCCGUGUUGGAGGGGGUUACAUAUCAGAGAUUGUCGUGAGGAAUGUUGUGUAUCCAAGACCAGCUGCAUUGGCUGUGUUUCAACUUGUUAUGAUUGUUGGGCAUCUUAUCAUUGGUAUGGGAUGGCCAGGGGCAUUGUAUGUUGGCACUUUACUAGUUGGGCUUGGUUAUGGGGCUCAUUGGGCAAUUGUUCCUGCUACUGCCUCUGAGUUGUUUGGUUUGAGAAAUUUUGGUGCAUUGUACAAUUUCAUUACUCUAGCAAACCCUGCAGGAACUCUCAUCUUCUCUAGUCUCAUUGCCAGUAGAAUAUAUGAUUAUGAAGCAGAGAAACAAGCUCAUAUAGGAUCACUUGCAUUGCGCAUGCUUAAUGUUGGUGAGCCACUAAAGUGUGAGGGUUACAUAUGCUUUUUCUUGACUUCAAUUAUCAUGGCAGGGUCCUGCCUUAUUGCAGCUGGCCUAUGCAUGAUUGUUGUAUUCCGAACAAGGAUUGUUUAUGCCAAAUUGUAUGAAAAAUCUUCUACUAGUAGGCUUCAAUAGUCAGAGUUUGGAUUAUGUAUUCUGGUUUCCAUAUACUUAGACAAGAAAGUAUUGCAGCUGGUUUGAAUUAAUUGAAGAUUGAAGAUACAGAGCCAAGCAUAUAAAUGAAGCAGUUUGAGUGUGGAAAACUAAACAAAAGGGGGGAAAUUAAGGCUUUGCUAACUAGCUGCUACCAUGUGGAUGUGUAUUCCUUUUAAAAUAUUUGUGGUAUAUUCUUUCCUUUUGCAAAUAAACAUUUGAUGGGCAAAAAAUAUUUGACA